AAGAGUAACUGCAACUCUCACUUCUCUGCUUCAUCACUCACUAACUCAAACUCAAAUAGGGGGUGUAGAAAGUAGAAAUAUCUGAUUCUUACUAAAAAAACAUUGCGAUUCACAAAAUGGAGCUUAGUAAAGUGACAUUAGAGAUAUUCACAAAACUUGAACAACAAUGGCUUUCAGUUUCACAAUGUGGAGCCACUUCCAAAACCCGCAUACUAAGCAUUGACGGCGGAGGAACCACCGCCAUUGUCUCCGGUGCGGCCUUAAUCCAUCUCGAGGACCAGAUCCGUUCACAAACCAAAGAUCCUCACGCUCAAAUCACUGAUUACUUUGACAUCAUCACAGGUACUGGCAUUGGCGCCAUACUCGCUGCUAUGAUCACCGCUGAUGACGGCUUUGGUAGGCCUCUCUACACUGCUAGAGAGGCUGUUACUUUCAUCGCCGAUAAGAAUGAUGAACUAUACAAACCGAAGUCUGUAGGCGUUUUCCGCCGGAGACGAGGGUUCUCUUCCAGAAGUAUGGAGAGAUUGUUGAAGAAAGUGUUUCAAAGCAAAGAAAAUGAGGGAAAAUCGUUGACGUUAAAGGACACGUGUAAGCCUUUGCUUAUCCCUUGCUUUGAUCUCAAGACUUCAGCACCGUUCGUUUUCUCACGAGCAGACGCGUCCGAGUCACCGAGUUUCAACUUCGAGCUAUGGAAGGUCUGUCGCGCCACGUCAUCGACUCCAGGUCUCUUCAAACCCUUCCAGUUCGCUUCUGUAGACGGUAAAACCUCUUGCUCAGCCGUGGACGGUGGUCUUGUGAUGAACAAUCCGGCGGCAGCGGCUGUCACACAUGUUCUCCACAACAAGCGUGAUUUUCCAUCGGUGAACAGCGUGGAGGAUCUGAUGGUUCUGUCGAUCGGAAACGGAGCGCCGGCGAAUAGAGUGCGUGAUGUCCGUGAAUGCUCGACGUCGACGGUGGUUGACAUUGCUCUCGACGGUGUUUCGGAAACCAUUGAUCAGAUGAUGGGAAACGCCUUCAGUUGGAACCGUACUGACUACGCCAGAAUUCAGGCUUAUAAUUUAGGAGAAAAGGGAAUGGAGGUGUUGAAGGAGAGAGUGUUGGAGUCGUUGCCGUUUGGUGGGAAGCGGUUACUAGAAGAAACAAACGGUAACAGAAUUGAGAGAUUUGUGCAACGUCUUGUUGCUACGGGAAAGUCUAGUUUACCACCUAGUCCUUGUAAGGUUACGCCGUUAGUUUCUUGCUAACGGUCUUUUUUAGCUGUAUUAUUUUGACGUGUAAGUUGUAACUUGUAUUAAGAUCAGUUUUUUUUUUAA